AUGAAGACGGCCUUAAUGGUGGCUGAAAAGCCAUCGUUAGCACAAAAUCUGGCCAAUAUUCUUAGCAACGGAAAGUGUAGCACUAACAAGGGUUCUAAUUCAGCCUGUUCUGUUCACGAAUGGAAUGGGACCUUUAAAAAUGAACCAGUUCAUUUUAAAAUGACAUCUGUGUGUGGGCAUGUAAUGAGCUUGGAUUUUACCGGAAAAUAUAAUAAUUGGGACAAAGUUGAUCCAGUCGAAUUAUUCAGUUGUCCUACUGAAAAAAAAGAAGCAAUGCCUCGUCUGAGAAUGCCUGCUUUUUUAGCCCAAGAAGCCAGAGGAUGCGACUAUCUUAUUUUGUGGCUGGAUUGUGAUAAAGAAGGGGAAAAUAUUUGUUUUGAAGUGAUGAGCUGUGUUCAAGCAUACAUGAAGAGUGAUGUAUUCUCGCCACUGGUGACAUACCGUGCACGUUUCUCUGCGAUUACGGACAAAGAUAUCAAAGCAGCCAUGUUGAAUCUAGUGCGUCCGAAUGAAAACGAAUCACGUAGUGUUGAUGCGCGUCAAGAAUUGGAUUUGCGAAUUGGAUGUGCUUUCACUCGUUUCCAAACUAAAUAUUUUCAAGGUAGAUAUGGUGACUUAGAUGCGUCAUUAAUCUCAUAUGGCCCAUGUCAGACGCCGACCUUAGGAUUCUGCGUACAACGUCACGACGAAAUCCAAACUUUUAAACCGGAGACUUAUUGGGUGCUUCGGGUAACUGCAAGUACUUCAGAGGGACGGGAACUGCCUUUGGAGUGGAAAAGAGUCAGAAGUUUCGAAAAGGACAUCGCGAACAUGUUCCUUUCCGGUAUCAAAGAAAUAAAGGAAGCAACAGUAAUUAAUGUUCAAGCAAAGGAAAAGGUGAAAGCAAGACCUGUUGCUUUGAAUACAGUCGAGUUGAUGAGAGUGGCCAGUUCUGGACUCGGCAUGGGACCUCAUCAUGCUAUGCAGAUAGCAGAACGGCUUUACACACAAGGUUACAUUUCGUACCCGCGUACUGAGACCACAAGCUAUCCUGAAAACUUUGAUUUAAUAGGAGCUCUCCGACAGCAGCAGGGCUCCAGUAAAUGGGGCUCGGAAGUCCGUGCUCUUCUCGCUAGUGGCAUCAACAAACCUAAGAAAGGCCACGACGCCGGCGACCAUCCUCCUAUAACACCUUUGAGGCAUGCAUCGGAAUCGGAACUGGAGGGCGACAUGUGGCGCAUCUACGACUACGUGACGCGACAUUUCAUUGCGACACUGUCCCGAGACUGCAAGUAUCUCUGCACUACCAUCACGUUCCAGAUCGGAUCUGAGACCUUCUCUUAUUCGGGCAACGCACUUGUCGACGCGGGUUACACGGAGAUUAUGCAUUGGCAAGCUUUGGGCAAAGAUGAAUUCGUUCCCGUUCUUAAUGUAGAUGACGUUUUGAAGGCACACGACCACAGACUGGUCGAGUGCCAGACUUCCCCUCCGGACUAUCUUACCGAAUCUGAGGUGAUCACUCUGAUGGAGAAGCACGGCAUCGGCACGGACGCAUCCAUCCCGGUGCACAUAAACAACAUCUGUCAGCGAAACUACGUGUCUGUUGGCAGUGGUCGAAGACUCAUACCCACGAAUCUCGGCAUUGUACUAGUCCACGGUUAUCAAAAGAUCGACCCAGAACUAGUCCUACCCACAAUGCGAUCCGCCGUAGAGGAACAGCUAAAUCUCAUCGCAGUCGGUCGAGCGGACUUCCACGCCGUUUUAUCGCAUACUACGGAAAUAUUCCGUAGAAAGUUCCAGUACUUUGUGCGCUCCAUCGAAGCUAUGGAUCAGCUGUUCGAGGUGAACUUUUCGUCGCUGAAAGCUAGUGGGAAGGCGCUGUCUAGAUGCGGGAAGUGUAGAAGAUAUAUGAGAUACAUUCAGGCGAAGCCGGCACGUCUCCAUUGUUCUCACUGUGACGACACUUACGCGCUGCCACAGAAUGGCACCGUACGCAUCUACCGCGAACUCAAGUGCCCGCUGGACGACUUCGAGCUGCUCUCCUGGUCGUCCGGCAACCGAGGCAAGAGCUUCCCGCUCUGCCCAUACUGCUACAACCAUCCGCCUUUCAGGGACAUGAAGAAGGGGUUCGGUUGCAACUCGUGCACGCACCCCACGUGCCCGUACGGCGUGAACUCGACGGGCGUGUCGGGCUGCGUGGAGUGCGACGCCGGCGUGCUCGUGCUCGACCCCUCCGCGCCCAAGUGGAAGCUCGCCUGCAACAGAUGUGACGUGAUCAUCAACAUCUUCGAGGACGCGAGUCGCGUGACGGUGUGCGAGCAGGCGUGCGGCGCGUGCGGCGCGCAGCUCGUGUGUGUGGAGUACCGCGCCGAGCGCACGCGCCUGCCCGCCGCGCUCACCGAGAUGACCGCCUGCCUCUACUGCGAGCCCAGCUUCAGCGCGUUGGUGGAGAAGCACCGCGCGGUGGCGUCGCGCGCCGCGGCGCCGCGCGGGCGGGGCGGGCGCGCGCGCGCCGCCAAGCACCGCAACAAGCAGCCCAAGGACAAGAUGGCGCAGCUCGCCGCCUACUUCGUCUAA